CGUGUCAAACUCAGUUCAGUUGAUCUGCGCGCACGCCGGUGACUGACGUGCGUACAAAAUGGCCGCCAGAACACAGUGUCUACUCCGUAGGGCCUACAGCUCGGCUGCCGACAAACAUGUGGCCUUCCUUGGCCUUGGCAACAUGGGGGGAUUCAUGGCAGCCAACUUGGCUAAACAGGGCUUCACAGUUCGCGGCUACGACCCGUCCAAAGAGGCGUUGUCGGCGGCGGCCAAGACCGGCGUGAGCGGCGCCGACUCUAUCGCCAAGGCAGUAGAUGGCGCCGACGUCGUGGUAUCCAUCCUGCCCAGCAACAAAGUCGUGCUCGACGCUUACCUGGGCAAAGAUGGCGUGGUUGCUCACGCAAAGAAAGGGUCUCUCCUGAUCGACUCCAGCACAGUAGACCCGAACGUCCCCAAACAAGUGUUCCCCGUCGCCCUCGAGAAGGGACAGGGCUUCAUCGAUGCGCCUGUAUCAGGAGGUGUGAUGGGAGCUCAGAACGCCACCCUAGCCUUCAUGGCCGGAGGCCGCAAAGAGGACUUCGACCGGUCGCUCCCCCUCCUCAAAGCCAUGGGCGCCAAGCAGUUCCACUGCGGCGAGGUCGGCGCCGGCCAAGUGGCCAAGCUGGCCAACAACAUGCUGAUGGGCAUCACCGGCAUGGCCACAGCCGAGUGCAUGAACAUGGGCAUCAAGAUGGGCCUGGACCCGCAAGUAUUACUGGAUGUUCUGAACAACUCGUCAGCCCGCUCGUGGUCCACCGAGGUAUACUGCCCUGUCCCUGGACUGGUGCCCACGGCGCCCUCUAGCAGGAACUACGACGGUGGUUUCAAGAACGAACUUAUGGUUAAGGACUUGGAGCUGGCCAGCGGCAUGGCGCUCGGCAUCCGGUCACCCAUCCCGCUGGGCGCGGUGGCCACGCAGCUGUACCGCAUCGUGCAGUCGCGCGGCUACGGGCAGAAGGACUUCUCCUUCGUCUACCAGCUGCUGAAGGACGACAAGACUAAAUAGAAUACAGAUUUAAGUUAGCA